AUGCACUGCAGUACCUCGACUAGUCAAUGGGCUUUGAUAGAAGAACAGCUACCUAAAUUACCUCAAACUGUAAGUGUUUACUAUUGUUUUAUUUCAUAUGUUUUGCCACGACCAUAAAUACCUGUAAUGCCAUAACAAAACCGUAUUUACUGUCUUAUUGUAUGUGGAUUGUCUUUGAUAAAUGAUAAUGCUUUUCAGACCAAAAAACGUCGAACAAAAGUGCCAUUUCGACCAACAACAUCCAUGAAUUACUUUAUUUUGAUGAAGAAAUGUAUUGGGAAAGAUGUUUCUAAACUGUCAAUGCCGGUAAGAGACUUUAUUUUUCAUUUAAAUAUGAAAGAUAGAAAAAACUUUGUUUACAAAUCAAAAAAUGGCAAGAACUUUCUUUACAAAACAAAAAAUGGCAGAAACUUUCUUUACAAAACAAAAAAUGGCAAGAACUUUCUUUACAAAACACAAAAUGGCAAGAACUUUCUUUACAAGUCAAAAAAGACAAGAACUUUCUUUAAAAACCUCAAUCAAUACUGUUAUAGGUCGACUUCAACGAGCCAUUGUCAGCACUACAACGUCUAACCGAAGACCUGGAGUACUCAUACUUAUUAGAUAAGGCAGCGGCUGAAACUAGAGAUAUGUGUAAACGAGUAGCCUAUGUAGCAGCUUUUGUCGUUUCAAAUUAUUCAUCAUUGGCCGUUAGAAACACUAAGCCUUUCAAUCCUUUAUUAGGAGAGACCUUUGAGUUUGACCGAAGAGAUGAUAGAGGGUUUUAUAGCAUUUCUGAGCAGGUGGGUCAAUGUCAAAUAUAUUUUUGAAACUUUUUUAAUUUUUUAAAAUUUUAAAAAUUUUUUUUAAAUUUUUUUUUAUUUUUUUUUAUUUUUUGAAUUUUUUUUUGAAUUUUUUGAAAUUUUAUAUUUUUUCAAAAAUUUUUUGCUUCCAACAUGAUAAAUUUGAAAAAAAAUAUUGUUGUAGGUAUCGCACCAUCCACCGACAAGUGCCAUGUUUUCGAAAGGGAAGUCAUGGAUACUAAAGCAAGCCUAUACCUUUUCAACUGACGUCAAAGGAAGAGCUUUCCAUGUUCAUCAAAAAGGAAAAACAAUCAUUCAAUUCAAGGAUUGUGGCACAGUUUUUAGCUUUGAUAAGGUAGGAAAUGGGCUAGGGCUUUGAGCUAGAGCUGUGAACUAGAGCUCUGAACUAGGGCUCUGGACUAAGGCUAACAUUAAAAACCAUUUUCAGCUCCCCUUCUCUCGAAUAAUAACCAACCCUGUGUCAGGAAAGAUGACUACCGAAUGUUCUGGUCAAAUAACAAUACAUACGAGUACAAAUGAAGCCAGAUGUGCCUUAAACUUUCAUGAAAACUCGCCUUCUGGUAAAACCUUGCCUUCUAAGGUUACUGGUACAAUAACAGAUGCCAAAGGUCACGUACAAUAUAAAAUGGAUGGUUUUUGGAAUAUGAAUCUACUCCUUCAGAAACUGGAGCCGGAUGGAGAAAUUGAAGCCGAGAGCUUGGUUUGGCAACGGUUUCCUUAUCCGUAAGGCUUACAUUUUUACACUUAAAAACGGAAAUUUAGGCUUAAAAAUAGAAUGUUUAGACUUAAAAAUAGAAUUUUAGGCUUAGGAAUUCUUUGUUGACUUAAAAAUGAAAUUGUAGGCUUAAAAAUGAAAUUUUAGGCUUAAAAAUGAAACUUUAGGCUUAAAAAACAAAUUUAGGCUUAAAGAUGAAAAUUAAGGCCUAAAAAUGAAACUUUAAAGCCUAAAAAUGAGCAUCCUUACCCUAAAAUCAUAUUUAUAGACAAGACAGUGACAAAAUGCAUAACUUCACUCAAUUUGCAAUUGAAUUGAAUGAGCCUGAAGAAGGUGUAGCACCAACUGAUAGCAGACUACGACCCGAUCAAAGAGAAAUGGAGAACGGCGAAUGGAAACGUGCCAAUCACAUUAAAUCUGAGUUGGAAAAUCAGCAAAGGAAACGACGGGCUGAACACGAAAAACUAGGAAAAGGUAGGGGGUUUGAAUGAGUUUAGGCAUAAAAAAUUGAAUCAUAAGCUUAAAAAUGAAGUUUAGACUUAAAAAUGAAGGUUUGAGACUACAAAUGAAAUUUUAGGCUUAAAAAUAAAAUUUUAGGCUAAUAAAUAAAAUUCUAGACUUAAAAAAUGAAAACAGGUUAAAAAAUGAAAUUUAGGCUUGAAAAUGAAACAGGCUUAAAAAUAAAAUUUAGGCUUAAAAAUAAAAUUUAGGCCUAAAAAUAAAACUUAGGCUUAAAAAUGAAAUUUUAGGCUAAAAAAUAAAAUUCUAGACUUAAAAAAUGAAAACUUAGGUUAAAAAUGAAAUUUUAGGCUAAAAAAUAAAAUUCUAGACUUAAAAAAUGAAAACUUAGGUUAAAAAUGAAAUUUAGACUUGAAAAUGAAAUUUAGGCUUGAAAAUGAAAUUUUAGGCUUAAAAAUGAAAUUUAGGCCUAAAAAUAAAGUUUAGGCUAAAAAAAAAUUUUAAUCAAUAAUAAUGUAUUUUAGGCUUAAAAAUUAAGUUCAGGCUUAAAAAUGAAAUGAAAGCUUGAAUUAAACAAAUUAUUUUUAGUAUACACCCCAAAAUGGUUUACCAAAGCAGCUCCAAAUGGCGUCGAUUUGUAUGAAUUCAACAUCGACUAUCUUCAAUGUCGUGCCUACCAAAAUUGGUCGUCAUGUCCCAGUAUAUUUGGAACAUAA